AUGGCAACUGGAAACGUUACUUACAAUAUUGCGGGUCGAAAAUAUUAUAUGAUAACAGACCCGGAUGAUUGUCUGACUAUAUCUAACGCGUGCUUGGAAAAGGACCUAGUUUAUAGGUUUGCGAAAGGCUGUUAUGGUGAUGGGUUGGUAACUGCCUCUCAGAGUACAUGGAAGAAACACCGCAAUUUGUUGAAUCCCCAAUUCAACUUAAAUUACCUUAACGGCUUUCUAGUUAUUUUCAAUAAACAGUCGAGAAUAUUGGUGAAGAAGUUCGCACUGAUGGCGGGGAGGGGUCCAUUCGACCAUGAUUCGAUUAUACGACAAAAUGAAAUUAAAACUAUAUGUGCAACAUCUCUUGGGGUUGAUUUUAAUGAAGACAAGAAAACUUUACACGAGUAUGCAACUGCAUUCGACAUAAUCUUUAACUGCUGUACCGAGAUAAUUAAAAGGUUUUGGUUGCAAAUCCGAUGCAUUUGGUUGCGCAGCAGUCUGAAAAAGCAGCGUGAUAAAUAUCGUAUCAUUAUGCACAAUAUAACUGAUGAGAUAAUUAAGAAAAGGAAUGAUGAUCGCAAGAAUGAAGUAUUGAAUGUUAAUCGUGAGGGGAAAGCUUUCAGACCAUUUCUAGACAUUUUCUUUGACCUGAAAGAAACUGUUGGUGAUGAAAUGAUGCCCGAUAAAACAAUAAGGGACCACGUUAACACAUUGAUCCUUGCUGGUCAUGAUACUAUCGCAACAGCUGUUCAGUUUACUCUGAUAUUAAUUGGCUCAUAUCCCAAAGUACAAGAACGGCUCUAUAUGGAGUUGGUAGAUAUAUUUGGUGACUCGAUCAGAGACGUCGAAAAAGAUGAUCUAACGAGAUUGCGUUAUUUGGAAGCUGUAUUGAAGGAGUCACUACGCUUUUACACGAUAGUUCCUAUCGUAGCUCGUGACGUCACCAAAGAUGUAGACCUAAAGAACUACACACUCAAAGCUGGAGGCGCUUGUUUACUAAUGCUUCACGGCGUCCAUAGACUACCGAUGUGGGGCGAAGACGUGGAGGAAUUCAAGCCAGAGCGAUGGCUCAAUCCAGCCACGUUACCUAAGAACCCGAAUACCUUUCUAACUUUCAGCCUCGGAAAGAGAGUAUGCAUAGGUAAAUCAUAUGCAAUGAUGUCGAUGAAAACAACCCUCGCUCAUGUUCUUCGGACGUAUCGCAUCAAAGCUGACCAUACGAAACUGGAGUUGAAAUAUGAAUAUCAUUAUGCUGACGGCUGCAGUGAUAUUGCUAGUGAUACUUCUAUUGCUGUAUUGGAAACUAGCUACUGUAAAAAAGUUGCGAGAACCUCCAAGAUUGUCCGGCCAGAGUUCCCUCUGGCAGGCGCUAUACCACAGGCCGGCACUGUGUUCCUCUUGGCUUCACCGUGGGUGACAAAGCCAACUAAACCGCUCCGCCACGCCAAACCACUCAACCAAAGAGAGGGGGAGCCAGGCCCAGUAAAA